AUGGGAAGUGAUAAUUCAAAGGCUAAAGCUUAAAAAAAAUAAAAUCCUCCUUAAAAUUCUGCUCCAAAGCCUCCUCCAAAGAGAAAACCACAAGAGGAGAAUAAUUGGAUGUAUGAUUUGAUUUUACAAUAUUUGGCAUCGCCUGUCUGGAGAAACCCAAUAUCAGACUUUUUGGAUGAGCAUUGCAUCAUUUUUGAUGAUGAAGAAGAGAACAAAAUUGUUUACUAAGAAAUUCAUAAGAAAUUCAAAAAUAUGAUUGAAGCUAUGAUGGAAUAGUUAAUGUAGGAUAUAGGUGUUGAUGAUGAAGAAUACUUGAGAAAAGUAAUAGAAAUAGGAUUGAAAAAUAAAAAACAUAAAAAGUAUUUUGAAUAGCUGCUGGUUGUUGAAAAUUUCUUAGUUUUUAAGAAAUUAAUGUUAAAGAGAAAUAAGGAGUUAGAAUAUGAAGCAUUGAAAGAGUUAUAAAAAAUUGACGGAGGAAAAAAUCUUGAAAUGGAUCUCAAGGUUAAAUAAGCUGAAUUGGAAAAAGAGAGAAUGGAAAUAGAACAUGCUGUUGCAAUGUCAAUUGCUGUAGAAUAGGAAAAGAGCAAACUUUAAAUUCAAGAAGAGGAAGAACUUUAAGAAGCAAUUAAAAUGAGUUAAAAAUUAUUUGAACAAUAGUAAUCUGAAAUAUUAAAAAGUAAUGUGGAAUAGCAAAACUAAUUGCACCAGUAGCCUUAAGCCUCUUAAUAAUAAUAACCAAUAGUACCAGAUUAGAAGGUCGAAUCUAUUUUGAUAUUUGAAGAUGAUGGAUUACCAGAUAAGAAUCCACCAAUUGUUGUUGAAUAACAAUAGUAAUAAGUAGAAGUGAAAAAUGAACCAAAAUAAUAAAGAGUUAGAGAUCCUCUGCCUUAGAUUGUUUAAGAAAAAAAAGAAGUACUGAGUUUAGCUUAAGAGAGAGAAGCAUUAAUGAAUCAGGGAAAUCAAUUAAAAGAGAACCUCAAAGAAAUAGAAGAAACAUUUAAGCAAAAUAUGAAGAACUAAUAAGAUUAAGAGACCUUGGAAUAAAGGAAAUUAAGGUUGUAAUAAUAAAGAGAAUUAAUCAAAUAAAAGAAAAUGAAGGAAAGAAAGGAUGAAAUUGAGUAAUACAAAGCUAUUGGUGAUUAAGAUAAACCAGCCUAAGAUUUACACGACAAAGAAAAAGGACCUCUAGUUGUUGAUAUGAAUGAUUUUGUGGCUGAUUAAAAGCGAGCAUAAGAGCUUGAACUUAAAAAGCAAGAGUUACGAAAGAGAGCAGAACUAUUACGAAAGAUCAAAUAAGACGCAUAAUAAUAAGAACAAAGUUGAAUAGUAGAUUUAUAAUAAUAAAUAGCAAUUAUGUUCAUUGUU